AUGCCGUGUUCUGUUGUUGGUGGGCUAAAUAUGUCGGCGUCUGUCUUCCGAAUGUCAAACCUGACUUUGCAACUGACCGACGCGGUGCUCCGUAUGAACAUUGUCGGCGGCACAGGAGAUUUGUUUGUCUAUAUCGCUAUUCUUCCUUUGUUAUUGCUAAAUUUUCCUCAUCCAAGCUUCCGAAAAGGAAGGCUCAUACCUGCUCGUAAAUUACACCGCGACGAUUAUGCAGGUGCGGAGUCGUUUUGCACUAGCCAAAAUCGGUCGGUUGAAAGUACUGACCGAGGUAGCGGCCUCGCAUGA